AUCUCACAUACUCCCUCACACACGAGAAAGAGGAAGCAAAGGUCAAGCUUGUUCUGCCCGACUUCAUCAUUCUUUCCAUUCUCUUUCAUCCCAGUCAUCCGACCCACAUUCCGGAAUCGCCGCCAGGCUGGGACAACAUCCUCUCCCGUAGUCCACACCCUCCCCUCCCCCGACCGAUCCUCCAUCCACCGAUCACUGCGAUCACCUCGUCAUCGGAGCGAACGAGCGACUCUCUUAAUUCUUUGUAGCCUCGUUCGAGCGCAUUGCCCAUCUGCCAACUACCUCUUCAUCUCAUCGCUACAUCAUGUCCGGCUGGGGCUCAUGGCUCUCGGGAGCAGACACAUCCGCAACGGACAGUCAACCCAACUUCAAGGCCGUCUCUGACACUCCCCAGAAUGCACUCUUUGCUCCGUUAGAGAAAUCAGACUUGGAAUGGACCUGCGCUGGUGGCUUCACCACCGAGACGCAGGUAUGGUACACCAUCCUGGACGAUGGUGCUUUUGCUACCAGUCAGAUCAUCCACAGCGCCAUUGGUCUGUGGUACCCGCAGAUCCAAGUCACUUUCAAGUACUUCAACCCAAAGACGGGUCAAAAGAUUUGGAAGUCGGCUUCCGUCUCCAAAUUCGAGACGCCGGCACCUCAAGGAACGGGUCGAGACAAGAGCAAGCAGCACGAUAAGCGCAGCUGCAAAGGGGAGCAAUUCAGCGUCAUUCACAAUGGCACGGCGGAUGGAACGGAGAGCUACACGAUCGAAGCGAAUAUGGACGCAGAGGUGCAACUGAGCUACACUUUUACAAAGAGCGCCAAGCACGCCGGUUGGAAAUUGGGUGCUGGACCGGAGGGAGGAAAGAGCUUUUUCGGUUCCAACACUGCCAAUCCUGAUGGCUACGUCAUCCAUCGCUUCUGGCCCAGAACUUCCACCACGGGCCACCUCCUCAUCAAGGGUCAAGCGAUCGACGCAAAGGGUCAAGGUAUGUUCAUUCACGCCAUUCAAGGUAUGCGACCCAACCUGGUCGCGUCCAGGUGGAACUUUGCAAAUUUCCAGAGCGAAGAUCUGGCAGGAGUAGCUGCUAUAUCCAUGGAGUUUACAACGACGAGCGAUUAUGGAGGACCGGUGGGCAGCGGCACGCCAAAGUCGGGCUCCCAAAUCUCACAGCAAGGAGGUCAGCCGAACAGGACCAGAGAGACACGCACAGUGACCAUUGGCAGCAUCAGCGUUGGGGAUGAGCUGGUGGCGGUGACUGCUGGGACGCGUCACGGCAAGACCGCAGCGCCUGGCAACAGCGAUACGCAGGUGGAACAUCAAAAAGUGAAGCACGAUGCAGAGACGGGCUACACCAUCCCCGAGCAGCUGCACUUUGUGUGGGAUGGUCCGCUGCUCGUUGCUGGCAAGUCGCAGAGCGAAAAGGUGCGCGCCGAUUUGACUGCGGAUAUUUCGGCCGGGAAGGGAUUGAUUGAGCGGGUGGACGUGUUGGGUGAGAUGCCGGCCAUGGUUCGCAAAGUGGUCAACUACGUCGCAGGAACAAAGCCCUACAUCUGGCAGUCCUUCCUGCCCGCGAAGCUCAACUUGACCCUGCCAGAGAGCUACAAGUCCGACUCGGCUUCGGCAGGCGCACACACCGUCGACGGCACCUGGUUCGGAGAGUUUACCUUCAUCUCUGAGCCCUGAUCCGCGCCUGCGCAAGCGUUGCGCUCAGCCAAGCAUGCCCUGGGCCAGAUGGCUCCUAAUUCCCUCUAGGGAUGACAAUGACGAAGCCUGAAGAAGAGCAACGCGCUUUUGUUUCUCGUCUUGAACACGCUCCAUGGACCAGUAGCUGCGCGCAUAAUGAGAUCAACUUUUUCGAUCA